CUCUUUGUUCAUUUCAGUGUGCAGACUGCACUACCCGUCCCCUCCGAUCACAAACUGCUCAACACGAUUGUCAGAGAUUUCACUUCCAUGUUUCCAACUGAUAACAAGUAUUUUCCACCAACCCCGUGAGGGCGACACGAGGGGGGAGGGGAGAGGAAAUGUUUGGUGUCAUUGGCUUGUUACACGGACAGACGGGACGAUCGGGGCGAUCGGAUUGUCACCCAGGAAUCAGACUGCUGCACUUUCCAGAUUGAUGAACUCCCAUCGAUACUCUGAUUGAUCAACCUCCAAAAAUAAUCAGUAUUAGAAGACGCGGAUCACACGGCAUUCCGAAUUCCAUUUGUACUCGGUGCACAAUGAGCAAAAGGGAAGAUCUGGAGACGGAGUCAGAUGAAAUGAUGAAGAAUGAAACAAAUGAUGACGGGACUCCGCCCCCGAAGAACACACAAUAUUGGGUCGUCCUCAUCCUUGUGAUUAUUAUAAUGUUCAUGUUCCUUAUUUUGGUCUUCUUCACAAUCCUCCAGUUUAUUCACUAUGGUAAUCUCACAGAGGAGCAGGCACUGCUGAAGAAUGAAGUCGGUAACCUCUCUUCACUACUGCAAGACCUUAAAGGAACAAUCAACAACUUCGUUUUACGUCAGGAAGAUGUCACUUCACGACAGAAAAGCCUCUCCUCAGAGCAGAGGGGUUUCUCUUCACAACUGAGCGACAUUCUUUCCACACUGAGCUCGAAAGAAACGAAAUCUUACAUACUCUCUAGGAAUCUGAGAAAACUUGAGCUGGGGACAAGGCCUCUUUCUAAUGACACUCAGAGGGUUUCGGGAGCUGUGGGGAAACUGGAAGAUGAAAUCUGGAAAGCACACGGCCCUUCUACUCCGUUGUGUGAGACACACUGGGCUCACUAUGGCCUCAGCUGUUACUAUAAGUCUUGGAAAGAGGAAUCUUGGGAAGAUGCCAGGAAAGAGUGCAAGUCCAAUAUGUCUGACCUGGUGGUCGUUAAUGGAGACGAUGAGAUGAAUUUUCUUUAUCACUUUUCGGAGAAGAAUGCCACAUGGAUCGGUCUUGCGGAAAAUCAUGGAACCUGGGAAUGGGUGGACGACACUUCUUAUGUGACGACUCCACGGCAAUGGCUUUAUGGCAUGACUUACACUUCUCCAGCUUCUGAUCUCGAAGGAAAAGGAGAUUGUGCCGUUUUGGUAAAGAGAGAUUCAUGGAGUCAGGAAAGUUGCUCCCACCAAUUCACGUACAUCUGUGAGAAGAAACGUAUUCUCCUGUAAUGCCGAAAAAAAAAAAAAAAAACAUCAAUAAAUAAUACAGCCGGCCUCAUCCAAUAACGCAUUGGUAGUCUAUGUGCAUCGUCUUUUAGUACUGGGACUAUACUGGUUCUAAUAUAUAGGAUAUUGUAACGGAAUGAUCCGUGACACCCAGAGACCUUUGAAGGAUGUGGGGUACUCCUGUGCCAGCGUCACUAAUGACUCUUGGGUCUGGGG